GCUACAUGGGCAAGAGAUUGGAACAGCAACCAAUGUACCCACAAUACACCUACUACUACCCCCAUUACCUCCACACCAAGCAGGCGUAUGCCCCUCCCCCUCACCCGAUGGCUCCGCCCAGUCCCAGCCCCAAUAGCUGCAGUCACAGCACAGUGGAACAGCUGAGUAAAACCAACCUGUACAUCAGAGGACUGCCUCCAGGGACCACUGAUCAGGACCUCAUCAAACUCUGCCAGCCGUAUGGGAAGAUCGUGUCGACCAAGGCGAUCCUGGACAAGAACACUAACCAGUGUAAAGGCUAUGGGUUUGUGGAUUUUGACAGUCCGGCUGCGGCUCAAAAGGCUGUCUCAUCUCUGAAGGCGACGGGAGUACAGGCCCAGAUGGCCAAGCAGCAGGAGCAGGACCCCACUAACCUGUAUAUCUCCAACCUUCCCGUGUCCAUGGACGAGCAGGAGCUGGAGGGAAUGCUGAAACCGUUUGGUCACGUGAUCUCCACGCGGAUACUCCGCGAUGCCAACGGAGCCAGCCGAGGGGUCGGCUUCGCCAGGAUGGAGUCUACAGAGAAGUGUGAAGUUGUCAUUCAGCAUUUCAAUGGAAAAUACCUGAAAACACCGCCAGGUAUCCCAGCGCCCUCAGAGCCGUUGCUGUGUAAAUUCGCUGACGGAGGACAGAAGAAACGUCAGAGUCAAACCAAAUACCCUCAGAAUGGCCGGGCAUGGCACAGAGAGGGAGAGAGUGGCGUGGCGUUAACCUAUGAUCCUGCUACUAUGCAGAACGGGUUUUAUUCUCCGCCCUACAGCAUCGCCACAAACAGAAUGAUCGCACAGACCUCCAUCACCCCCUUCAUCGCUGCUUCUCCCGUCUCUACGUAUCAGGUCCAGAGUACCUCAUGGAUGCCUCAUCAACAGUACGUUAUGCAGCCUGCGGGUGCUGUAAUAACUCCAGCCAUAGACCACAGCAUGUCCGUCCAGCCUGCCAGUGUCAUCACCCCUCUGACCCAGCAGAUGAACCAUCUGACACUGGGCAACACCGCGAGUUACAUGACCCCUGCAGCAGCUGCUGGUCCUAUGCAAGGGACGUACAUUCCCCAAUAUACUCCUGUGCCUACUACUGCUGUUCCAGUGGAAGGCGCGGUCACAGAUGCCUCUGCCCCGAUAGCCACGCCCUCAUCACAGGAUGUUAGUGGUCAGCAGUCACAGAUCCCAGUAGACACGAGCAGUGAUCAGGUCCCUGCUUACUCCUACCAGUCCAAGUGA